GUUUAGAAAAAUAGUGUUCCACAUAUGUCUUUGGUAAAAUAUAUACUAUAAAAAAAAUCAACAAAUUAUGACUAGCUUAACUCUAUGUCAACUAUGGAUACAUAUUUAUGAAAGUAAUCAAACAUUAGAAAUGAAUAAGUUACUGUCAGAUGAUUUAAAUGCUAUUGUGAACAUUCAAUAUGGAAUUGGGUUUGAGCUCAUUGAAGGUCAAAUUCAAAUUGAGACAACUGUUUUCAAUGAAACUAAAAAAUCAAAAAUUAUGCCAGCAUGUAGAAGUCGAAUAAAUUUUUAUGAAGAGUUCAUUUGGAAAAUUGACAAAACUACACUAAAAUAUAGUCGAUCAACAAAUGCGAUUGUUAAGGUUGAAUGUUUUAGAACGCCAGAAAAAAUAUGUUUUGGAAAUGUAUACAGGAGACAAAGAAUUGGUCAUGUGAUAAUUAAACUUAAAGAAUUUCAAAUAAUAGGACGUAACUGGGAUCAAAAUAUAUCUAUUAGAGGUUAUAAACUUCUUGGUAAUAGUAGAUACAUUGAACUUGUGAUUGUUUUAAUCAUACAAGAAGAUAUAGAAUUUGAGAAUUACACAGAUUUUAAAAAAUGCUCAAAAUUCAAUAACAAGGAAAUUAAUACUACAAAACAAUCAUUAGAACUCAAUAAAUGCGAAUCUUUCAACAAAUACAGUAAUACAAACAUUCAGGAAAAAACAAAUAUAUACAAAACACAAAGAGAACAAAAUGACAGAAUAAAUCAAAUCAGUGAAAAAGAUAAGAACCAAUUCAGCAAUAUAUUAGACAAACAAGAAUCACAAUUUUGUGAAAUCCUUAAUAAAUGUGAAGAAUUAUUAAAUAGUUUAAAUAUUGAUAAUAAACAUGAACAAUUUUGUAAAAAUGGAAUGCAUAAUAUAUAUGAACUAAGCAGUGCAAAAAAAAAAGUUGAACAGUCAAUUAAAGAGAGUAAAGAUUUUUUGAAAUUAAAUGAUUACAAUGAAUAUAAACUUAGUGAAUUAUUAGCAACUUGCUUGAAACAUACAGAUGAAUGGUUAAAAGUAAUGCAAAAAAUUAAAAAAGAUAUUGAUUUGAACAACCUAAACAGAUGCUCUAGUAAUUCAUUCUGCGAUUCAAGUAUUCAAUCUGAAAAUGACUUUGAAACGCCAACUAUUAUAGUAAAAGAAAUUAAAAAAAAACUUAAUGAGUUAACAGAAUAUAUAAUUAAAUUAAAUAAUAAGGUUAAGAAUAACAAAUCUAAACGCUCGCGAGAAAUAUCAACACUAAACAAUGUAAAUUGCAUGUUGACUAAAUUAUGUGACAAAAUUGCAAAAAAAUAA